CACAGAAACACAGCCACCCACUGUAUUCAGAUUAGACUGAGAGAAGACAAAGAACCUCUACAUCACACAGAAAGGAAGACAAAGGGCUGUCCAGUAUCACUCAGACCCAACAGACAAACCAACGGCAAUCGGAUCUAAGAUGGUGUCGGCUGGGCUACAGAUGCUGGGCACUGCCCUGGGGAUCAUAGGCUGGAUUGGGACCAUCAUUGUUUGUGCCAUGCCCAUGUGGAGGGUUACCGCCUUCAUCGGCAGUAACAUAGUCACCUCGCAGACUUCCUGGGAAGGUAUCUGGAUGAGCUGCGUGGUCCAGAGCACGGGCCAGAUGCAGUGUAAGGUCUACGACUCCAUGCUGGCCUUGAGCUCUGACCUACAGGCCGCCAGAGCUCUGACCAUCAUUGCCAUCCUCGCCGGCAUUAUUGCCAUUCUGCUGGCCGUAGCCGGGGGCAAGUGCACCAACUGUGUGGAUAACGAGGCGGCCAAGGCUAAAGUGGGUGUGGCAUCCGGGGUGGUGUUCAUCAUUGCCGGAGUUCUGUGCCUGAUCCCUGUCUGCUGGACGGCUCACAGCAUCAUCCAGGACUUCUACAACCCGCUCCUGGUAAGCGCUCAGAAGAGGGACUCGAAAGCUAUGGCCUCCGCCGGUCUCCAGAUUCUGAGCAUCGUCCUGGCUCUUAUCGGUUGGCUAGGGGACAUUGUCAUCUGUGCGCUCCCCAUGUGGAAGGUAACUGCUUUCAUAGGCAACAACAUUGUGACGGCGCAGAUGUUCUGGGAAGGCCUAUGGAUGAACUGCGUGACGCAGAGCACGGGCCAGAUGCAGUGUAAAGUCUACGAUUCCAUGCUAGCUCUCCCUCAGGACCUCCAGGCCGCCAGAUCUCUGGUGAUCAUCUCCAUCCUCGUGGGCUUGAUCGGCAUUCUGCUCUCCGUGGCAGGCGGGAAGUGCACCAACUGCAUCGAGGACGAGGAGGCCAAGUCCAAAGUGGCCAUCGCAUCCGGCGUGUUUUUCCUGGUCUCUGGCGUCCUCUGCCUGAUCCCAGUGUCCUGGUCCGCCAACACCAUUAUCAGGGACUUCUACAACCCGCUGCUCACGGACGCGCAGAGGAGAGAGCUGGGAGCUUCACUGUUCAUCGGCUGGGGCUCUGCUGGCCUGAUGCUCAUCGGGGGUAUGCUUCUCUGCUGCCAGUGUGCCCAGCGUGAGGAGAGUGGGUACUCUGCCAAAUAUUCUGCCCCUCGCUUCACUGCCAGUAGAAGGGCCCAUGUCUGACAGAUUAACACUUAAAUGUAACAGUUUUUAUAUGGACAUUUCACGCUUGUGUAGUCUGAACGAGGGUAAAUCUGUUUCCCUUCAACACUUGACAAGGAUGAUUUGAAUAUUUUAGCUUAACAGCUUCAUUGCUUUAAUAAAUUUAUAUUUUAAUGCUUA